AUGACUGUCUUCGAUCCAGAUUCAGACAGCUUGCCCAAGCUCUCCGAGCUCGAGACGAAGCCCGGUGCUCCUCCCCAGUCGGCAUGGUUCUGGGGCGAGAACGACGAGCUCGGGCGUCUCAACUUGCUCACUCCAAGACGGGUGGCGAGCGCGGCCAGGUUGAUCCAGACAGGAGAAAGGGUCGGACUGAAUUUUCCAGCAGAACUGCCCAACCCUCCCUUCUUCGGUCGGGAGCCUUUCAAGCACAAACUCAAACAGAGCGUCGAAUAUGGCUUCGAUGACCUCCACGACAUGAACACCCAGAGUGGCUCGCAGUGGGAUGGAUUUCGCCAUGUCGGUAUGGCGCACGAAGGGUCUUAUGUGUGGUAUAAUGGGAUCACGGCCAACGACAUUCACAAAACCAGCAAAAUGGGAUUGCAAGCAUGGGCGAAACAGUGUAUAGCUGGACGGGGAGUGCUCCUUGACUUUUACUCUUUCGCCGGCAAAUCCUACGAUCCCUUCACCACUAGAGACAUCACCACACAGGAACUCCUGGACUGCGCGCGAGCCCAGAACCUGACGUUCAAGUAUGGCGACAUCCUGAUCAUUCGGAGCGGCUGGUCCGAAGCAUAUCGCAAGCUCGACGAGGCCGGACGACAGGCCAUCGGCUCCAAGGGCUGGGACGACCUGCGCUUUGCCGGCCUCGACCGCAGUCCCGAGACCCUCGCGUUUCUGCACGACAACUACUUCGCCGCGGUCGCGGGGGACGCGCCUUCGUUCGAGUCGUGGCCCAUGAACGGCAAGACGGACCUGCACUACUUCCUGCUCCCACGCUGGGGCGUGCCCAUUGGGGAGCUGUGGGACUUGGACGGCCUGGCGGAGCUGUGCAAGAAACACAACCGGUACGAGUUUUUCUUCACCAGCAGCCCGUGUAAUGUGCAAGGCAUCGGUGCCGCCAUCGUCAGGAGCCUGGCAAAACGCGGCGCAAACAUCUGCUUCAACUACACGUCCGAGUCGUCGGUUUCCAAGAGCGAGAAACUGAUACAGCAAAUGCGGAACGAAUACAACAUCGACAUCAUCGGCGUCAAGGCCGACCUGGCCGAGAGGGACGGGCCGGCAAAGGUCGUCGAGGCCGCUGGGCGGUAUUUUGCAAACAACCCGACUUCUAACAGAGGUGGUGGUGGUGGUGAUGGUGGUUCACUCCGCGUGGACAUUGUCGUCAACAACGCCGGCGUGUGUCCCGCGCUGUUACUCCCGGACUGCACGGUCGACGAGUUCGAGUACACGUACAAGGUCAACGUGCUGGCUCCCCUGCUCCUCAUGCAGGCCGCGCUGCCAUACCUCCCGCACGACCGGUCCGGGCGGGUCAUCAACAUCUCGUCCAUCUCGGCCAACGUCGGCACGCCGGGCCAGACCAUCUACGGGGGCAGCAAGGCGGCGCUCGACGCCAUGACGCGGACCUGGUCGCGCGAACUGGCCGAGCGCGCGACCGUCGUGUCCGUCCACGCGGGCGCCGUGCUUACGGACAUGGUCCCCGCGCCGUUCGUGGCGGACGUCGUCGCCCACCAUAAUCGCAUCACUCCUCUGGCACGAGCCCGCGAGGGUAUCGACACCCCGGCGAUGAUGGCCGCGGCCAAGGGGAUUGGUGGGCGUGUCGCGUAUGACCACGACAUCGCCGAGGCUGUGGCGCAUUUCACGUUGCCCGAGGUGGGUUGGGUUACCGGCCACGUUAUCGGUGUUGAUGGGGGGUAUGAUUUUAUUCGGUGA